UCUCGACAGCUCCCAUGAUGUUUUUCCACCAUUUGAAUAUCCUGCAGGUUAGAGAUGGUGAUGCAUGGAAAAGUCUCUAUUUGUCGCGAACGAGCAGAAAAUCACCAGAUGCAGUUCUUCAUUCAAAUAAACUGAUAUGCUUGUACGGCAACAAGUUACCAGUGUCCUCAGCUGGCGUUAGUGUAAAUGAUGAUGACGAUUUUAGAGUGGCGGUUUCGCUCGUCGUCCAGAUUUCCACACGAAGCCCUUUUGUCGUUAGUUUGUUCGCUGAGUGUAUCACAUUGCUAGCGAUCACAAGGACAACAUCGGAUUUGUCAGCCAAUCAAGUCAGUUCCAAUGUGGUUAUGCGGAAAUCCGAGUUAGAAAUGAUGAGGGAUGGCAAUGUAAACGCCAAACGCAUACGCUA